AUGGCAGGAUCUGAAACCACGAAAACCCCCACUAACACCAUCAGCACAAAGAAGGCACAGCCAACCACAUCAACAACACGGAGAUUUGUAGGUGUAAGACAAAGACCAUCAGGAAGAUGGGUAGCUGAGAUCAAAGACUCGUCUCAGCGAAUAAGACUGUGGCUCGGAACUUAUGAUACACCUGAAGAAGCUGCUCGAGCUUAUGACGAGGCAGCUAGAGCUCUACGAGGAGAAAAUGCGCGAACCAACUUUGCUGCCGCAAACCCCCCAAACUUGAGCCAAUCCGGUUCAUCACCUUCUACUGGUGCAGUAAACAUUCCUGAAUCUGAUGCACGGCAUGGGAUGAGUUUCUCUUCCUUGAAAGCAAAGUUAAGCAAAAAUCUACAAAGCAUCAUGGCUAGGACUUCGGAGACUAAGUCAUCCAAGAGCAGAGUAAGUGACCACUUCACCUUUGCUAGUAUCUUUCACUUCAGGGGUCAAUACCAAAGGCCUGUUGACAUAAAGAAUAUUGAAAAGGUAGUGCAACCAAGUGUAAUUGUUCCCCAUGCUUCUGAUAAGCCAUUUUCCUGGGAGAGCUCAAGCGUAUCUGAUUGUAGCAAUGAAUGGAUUGGUCUCAGGCAGCAUGGUUUCGACUCAGACGGAUCAGAUGUCAGUGAGGCUUAUCUUGGGGAUCAAAUGAUGGGUUGGAUGAGCAGUCCAGAAGUGAGUGAAGGGUCAAGGAGUAAAAGGUUCAAGGUUUCAUCUUCUGUGGUGAUUCCUUCAACUUUUGCUGAAUCUCCAUUAAGUGGCACCCCAAGAUUUUGUGAAUCACCGUACAGUGGUACUCCCAGAUUUUGUGAUUCUCCAUUUAGUAAUAGUACACCAAGUUUUUGUGAUUUUCCAUACAAUGAGGAGAAUUAG